AUUUUAACCCUUUGUCCCCCCGUACCGUAUGCACGAUAUCCAUGAAGUACCCAAAGGUCCUAGGGUAUGAGCUUAUCCAGCAGAUUGGUGGCGGGGGAUACUCAAGAGUGUUCCGCGCAGUCAACGUUGAACAGCACUCUGUAGCCGCGUGCAAAUUAAUGCACAUAGACGAAAAUACCACGGAGAAAGAACGGAAGACCAUGGACAAGGAAAUGCAGAUUCACUUAGCUUUGAAACAUAAGAACGUACUCGAGUUUUUGAAUGCCGUUGUGGUCGAACCAAAAUUCAAAGCUCACUAUGUGCCUGGAGUUUACAUGCUUUUGGAGUUUGCAGCGGGAGGCGAUUUGUUUGAUAAGAUCGUCCCCGACGUUGGCGUAGGCGAUGAGGUGGCACAUCUGUACUUUAAGCAGCUCCUUGCAGGCAUGAGCUACAUCCAUGGUCAAGGUGUCUGUCACCGCGAUUUGAAACCGGAAAAUUUACUUCUGGAUGCGGCCGGAACGCUCAAAAUUUCCGAUUUCGGGUUAUCUGCAGUUUACAAGUUGACAGGGACAGGAAAAACUCGCCUUCUCAGCGAACGUUGCGGCAGUAUGCCGUACAUCGCUCCAGAGGUGAACGCCAACCAACCAUAUCAAGCUGAGCCCAUUGAUGCGUGGGGGAUUGGCGUCAUCCUAUUCACCCUCCUUGCGGGAAAUACACCAUGGGAUGAGCCAACGGAACGCAGUCCAGAAUUUUGCAGGUAUCUUUCUGGGGAAAUAUUCAACGAGGAUCCAUGGAACCGUCUCGGGGAGAGCGCUCUUUCCCUUAUAUGUGGCCUCUUAACAAUUGAGCCUUCAAACCGCAUGUCACUCCCUGACGUUCACGCCCAUCCGUGGUGUAUGCGACCAAGUCAACUUGCUUCCCGAGGUGUCCAGGCACUAGCUGAGCAACUCACACAAGCCCUACGUGAUAGUGGUGACCUGACAUUCGUGGAGCCUACUGUUCCGGAUUCAGGAAGCGCAGAUGAGGAUGCAAUAAUGCUAUCCGCCCAAUCUCAGUUCACACAGACUCUGUUGCUCUUCUCACAAACACAGAGGGGAAGGCGGUAUACUCCACAUCUCACGCGUUUUUAUGCGCGGAAGAGUCCCGAUGUUUUAUUGGAGCGCAUUAAAACCGGUUUGGAUUCGAUGAGGGUUCAACACAAGCUUGCCCCUGACGCAGAAGGACAAACUCACCUUCGUGUCGCUGGAAGGGAUGCGCGCAAGCAGGUGUUCAAAGGCUGGAUAGACCUCGAGCAUUAUACAUAUGACGGGUGCUCUGCGUCCUUCUGCAUCAUGCGAAGAGAUGUCGGUUGUCCGAUCUCUUGGCGAAGGUUUUGGAAGGAGCUGAUUAAGUCCCCCGCUGUUUGGGACUAUGUUCUAAAGAAGGAAAAUGCCGACAGCUACCGGAUGUCUAUCACCUGAGAUGUACAAGAAGAGCGCACCCAUGCUUCCCGAAUUCUUAGGCGCUGAGUAGCAUUGGCUUGGAUUCCAGCAUGUAUCUUCGGAUAUUUCAUACCUGCAUUUAUUUCAUUCACCUGUUCAUGAUAUUUUCAAUUGGAAGGUUCGCUCAUUUACGCACCUCUUGAUACCUGUGACGUGCCAAGUUUACUGGUAGUUCAAUAGUCCGUGAUGUAAUUCUAUCCUAGUGGUAUGCGUAUGGCUUGCUCAUAAGUUAUCAGUUUAAUGUGAGCGAGGACGGAAGUAUCUUCCGAAUGCCUUGUUUGCGCCAUGUUGGGAAGACUGAGUUGGAUUCUGAGGCGUGCCGCCAGAUUAAGCUC